GUAUGCGUUUGAUAUAACGGAAUUCGUUGUGUACAGUUUCUUGUCACUUUUGACCUACUUCUUGCAGCCUCUAAUUUUAAGAUACCUUCUAGACUUUAUAGACAAAAAGAACUCCCCGGGGUCGGACCCAGCCCCUAAAACGUGGGAAGGCGUGGUUUACUGUAUUUGCAUGGUAGUGAUUAUACAGGUGUGCGCCGUGUUUUACAAUACAGUGCUCUUCCAUACCGCCACGCUCGGUCUGCGGAUCAAGCACUCACUGAUGUACUUGAUUUAUAAAAAGGCUCUGACAGUAUCCAAGUCGGAAAACAAUAUUUCCGUCGGCGAGGUGGUGAACCACAUGUCGAUCGACUGCGUGCGUCUGCAAGACGCCGUGUUUUUCUCGUACUAUGUCCCGAACGCCAUCCUGUUCGCCAUUAUCUCGGCAUACAUGCUGUAUGAAAGUGUCGGCGGUCCUGCAACUGCGGCCGGAAUGGCUUUCAGCUUACUGUAUAUCCCCGUGAACAGCUACAUCGUCCGUAUCCAGAACAAGCUACAAAACGAGUUGCUUCACUUGAAAGGGUUACGGGUUCGACUCAUGAAUGAAAUUUUAUGCGGCGUUAAAGUAUUAAAAAUGUACGCCUGGGAGUAUACGUUCAUUAAAAAAGUUGACGAGGUUCGUGUGCGGGAAAUCCGACUCCUUAAAAAGAAUGCGUAUCUAAUGGCGAUUGGUACAUCGCUCGCAAAUCACAGUCAGUUUUUGAUCCAUUUCACCAUCAUUCUCGUGUACGUACUGCUGAAAGAUGGUCAUUACAUAAGUUCAUCCACCGCGUUCGUGUCGUUGUCAAUCAUUGCCAUAUUGAAGUAUCCCUUGACGGUUCUUCCUUAUCUUCUGAACACUCUAGUCCAGGCUUAUGUGUCCACCAAGAGAAUCCAAGACUUUCUUUCCUGUUCUGAUCUGGAUGAAAUUGAAUCCAUAUUUGUUAAGUCAGCAGAUUACGCUAUCUACGUUAGAGAUGGAGUUUUUACGUGGGACACUUCCGACCGGAAACCGGAUCUUCCAAACAUCAACCUGAAGAUUCCUCAGAGACAGCUGAUCGCUGUGGUUGGGAACUGUGGGGCGGGCAAGUCCUCUCUAGUGUCGGCACUGCUCGGGGAAAUGAGGAAGCUGGACGGAGUCCUUGAAAUAAAGGGAACGGUAGCGUAUGUCCCACAGCAGGCUUGGAUCCAGAAUAUGUCCCUGAGGGAUAAUAUUCUCUUUGGCAAGGAUUACAGUCACAAUUGGUACUGGAAAGUCAUCGACAAUUGUUGUUUGAGAUCGGACCUGGAUAUGUUGGCUGACGGAGAUAACACAGAACUCGGGGAAAAGGGCACCAAUAUAAGCGGUGGUCAAAAACAACGCAUAAGUGUCGCUCGUGCCGUCUACAGCAACGCCGAUGUGUACAUUUUAGACGAUCCUUUGUCGGCAGUAGACGCUCAUGUGGGAAAGGAUUUGUUUGAGAACGUCAUAGGGAAUAGUGGGAUGUUGAAAAAUAAGACUCGAAUUCUUGUGACACACGCUGUCCACUGGCUACCUCUGGUGGACAACAUCAUUGUCAUGGACGGUGGUAAGAUAUCGGAGUACGGAACAUACGAUCAGCUGAUGACACGCAACGGUGUUUUCGCCCAAUUCUUGCUUCAGCAUCUUGAGAACGAAGCAUCCCAAGAAGAUUUGGACGAUCCUGAAAUAAAGUGGAUCCGGGACAACAUGUUGGAGCAGGUAGAAAUCGUGACUUCAGAAGGCGGAAACAGUGAAGUGUCCGAUUCGCCUUCUACCAGCGCCCGGCUGAAGAAAUCGCGUAAAAAGAGGUUGAGGCGUCGUCAACUGUCCAGUAUGUCAGUGACACAGUCCCAGGUUAUGCAGGAUAAGACACACGUUUCUAUGGCGACCAACAAGCAACAGGGUCUCGUGUCCGACGAGACCAUUCAGGAGGGAUCGGUUAAACCGAAGGUAACUAAAGACUACCUCAAAGCGAUGGGUGUGUUUUGGGUGAUAAUCUCCAUGGCAACGAUGUUGCUGUACCACGUGGUAAGCGUCUACUCUAUGUUCUGGCUUACUUACUGGACCGAGGAUCCCUUCCUGCGUAACCAAAGCAACGUGGUCGAACAAGAGUAUUCACAGGCGUCCAUCUUCUACCUGAUCAUAUAUGCCGUGAUGGGACUGGUGCAAGGUGUUGCCAUUUUCGUCGGCUACUACCUUUCUCUCACCAAGAUUAUUCAAGCCAGUUCCGUGUUUCACAACCGUAUGCUCUACAGCGUACUUCGGUCCCCAAUGGCUUUCUUUGACACGGUGCCAGUGGGUAGAAUUCUGAACAGAUUUUCCAGUGACGUCGACAUGUUGGACAAUCGGUUUCCAGAUAUAUUUAGGAUGUGGAUCUACAAUGCACUUACAACAGUGGCUGGCGUCAUAGUUAUAAUUGUGUGCGCCCCGAUUUUCGCAGCUGUUAUAAUUCCAACAAUAAUCAUCAUUGGUUUUAUGCUGCACUAUUAUAUGCCUACUGCCAGAAAGUUGCGACGUUUCGAGGCCGUAACAAGGUCCCCGAUAUUCAACCAUUUGAGCGAAACCUUAACGGGAUCAACGGUUAUUAGGUCUUACCGGUGUAACAGUCGGUUUGUAAAGGAGGCCGCGAACAGAAUCGAUACAAACUCUGCGUUUUUCUUCGGAGCGAACAAUGGGAACAGAUGGAUUUCUAUUCGUCUUCAGCUGUUUGGUAACAUCAUCGUUCUCGUGGUUAUUCUCCUAGCUGUGACAUCUGACAUACUUAACGGUGGACAGCUGGGUCUGGCAAUAACGUACGCCGUUCAGGUCACAUGGUCAAUGAAUGAAGUCGUCUGGAGCAUUCUUGAGAUGGAGAUGUCGUCAGUGGCAGCAGAGAGGAUCAACGAAUACAUGGACUUGCCUAGUGAGGCUGAUUGGACCGGGGGAAAGGUGGCACCUCCCCUUAACUGGCCUGAGACGGGCAUCAUAGAAUACGACAAGUAUGCUACCCGAUACCGAUCAGGGCUGGAACUGGUUUUGAAAGGGAUAAGUUUUAAGAUAAACCACGGAGAGAAGAUAGGCGUGGUCGGCCGCACAGGGGCCGGUAAAUCCUCCCUGGCACUCAGCCUGUUCCGAAUUAUCGAGUCUGCCGUCGGGGAUAUUUCUAUUGAUGGAGUUCGUAUUGCCGAUUUGGGACUUCAUCCCCUGCGAACCAGAAUAACCAUCCUUCCUCAGGACCCGGUACUAUUUUCCGGGACACUGCGUAUGAAUAUUGAUCCGCUCGGGACGUUCUCCGACGAAGAAAUAUGGCGGGCAAUCGACUAUGCGCAUCUCAAGAAUUUCGUGACGUCGCAAUCGGAAGGGCUAAUGUACGAUUGUGGGGAAGCCGGGCAAAAUUUAAGCGUUGGUCAACGUCAGCUGGUGUGCCUAGCAAGGACCUUGCUGAACAAGACGAAGAUCCUUAUUCUGGACGAGGCGACCGCGGCCGUAGACAUGGAAACGGACGCGCUGAUCCAGCUUACCAUUCGGUCACAGUUCGCUGAUUGCACCAUACUAACCAUCGCCCAUCGGCUGAACACAGUAAUGGACUAUGACCGGGUCAUGGUACUGGAUCAGGGGCGUAUCAAGGAGUUCGAUGAACCGAGAGAGCUUCUCAAGAACAAGGAAGGCAUCUUCCAUACAAUGGCGAAGGACGCCGGGCUCAUUUAAAUGUUCAUGGAUCCGUCUUAUUGCUAUUCGGAUAUUUAUGCAACUAUUGGCUUUUUUCCCGAAAUCUCACCGAGUAACGAAGCUCAAAUAAAAUAUACAGUCCCAAACACAUUGAGUUGAGUCCCAAUGUUUUGAGCCACCGACUGACAUUAAUCUAUGUGUUGCAGCAUUUUAAAUUCAUACAAACUCAAUGAAUAAUGAAGUAUAUGUCCUAUUGUAAUAUGGAUUUAGUCAUGCUGAACAAAAACAUUAUUAUAACUUAAGACGUGUAUUGUGUUAAAAGGGCUUGUCACAGUUUAGUAAAUGAUGCUUUUCAAAGUGAUUUUCAUAGAUUCAAAAAAGAAUGUACACAUUUAUUGGAAAUCAACUAUACAUCGUGUUGUUAUGUAUUUUAUUUGUUUGUUUGUACACCUAGGGGUAUACCAUUUUAUUCCUAUUUUAUGGAUGUUUUAUUUCCUGUCGCAUUAUUUAUUAAUUGUAGUUAAUUCUUGAACGAUCAAUGAUUUGUAAUGCUAAGAACUGUGUAUUAUUUUACAAGUAAGGACAUGUUUUAUCGCGUGGCGUAUUGAUUAAAAUGCAAUGUGAAUGAAAUAUAUGAUGCGAUCAUAACAGCACUGUCAUAAAUAAGCCUCCUUUGUGUGAAGAUUUACCAAUUUCAACAUCAAAUGUUUAGUAAAUAUACGGAUGCAAACAGGCAUAAUAAUGCCCGAAACAAAUAAUUGUGAACCCAGUAUACUAAUGCCUUUAUUAACGCGCAUGCACAUUAGCACAAAAAAUGAUAUCGGCGUAUGCCAUCUCUCGAACUAUUUUGACAUAGUUUAAAUGGGGUUUACAGAGUAUAUUAGCACAGUUAACUUCAAAAUCACGGUUCUGUCUGUUCUGUCAGUAUGCUACUGAUUGGAUAUUGGUAUUGCAAGUUUACAAGUUAUUGUGAUUCGCAUCGUUAUACUGCCUCAAAUGUGUUAAAUAUGCAGGCAAAGUACACGUUAUUGCAAGUAAUUAAAUGUUUAGUAGA